AUGCCUGUCACUGAAUUCUCCCACCCAGACCCUUACUCGUACCAGACUGGUUUCGACUCGUAUCAUGAGACCGAAGCUAUCGAGGGAGCUCUCCCCGUCGGCCAUAAUUCACCUCAAAAGGCUCCAUACGGUCUCUACGCAGAAAAGCUCUCGGGAACUGCUUUUACUGCACCCCGCCAUGAGAAUAAGCAGACCUGGGUCUACCGCAUUUUGCCCUCGGCGGCUCAUGAGAAAUUCGUCGUAGAGGAUGCGGACUCCUACCACACUCGCAUGACCACAGAGACGCACAAAUUACACCAUAUCCCGAACCAGCUCCGUUGGAACCCAUUUGAUUUAGAUGAGAAGGUGGAUUGGGUCCAUGGCCUCCAUCUAAUCGCCGCAUCGGGAGAUCCAACUCUCAAACAAGGACUGGGGAUCAUGAUGUACGCCGCUGGCAAGGAUAUGGGCAAGGAAGCCUUCUACUCUGCGGACGGUGACUUCUUGAUUGUCCCGCAGCACGGUGUUCUGGAUAUCCAGACAGAACUAGGCCGCAUUAUUUUACGCCCAAAUGAAAUCGCAGUUAUUCCACGAGGCGUUCGAUACCGCGUAACUUUGCCUUCCGGCCCAGUUCGAGGAUAUAUCUGUGAGCUGUACCAAGGUCACUACCAACUACCUGAGUUGGGUCCUAUCGGGUCAAACGGUUUGGCCAAUGCCCGCGACUUCCAGGCCCCCGUCGCUGCGUUUGACGAUGAAGAAGAGCCCAGUGAAUAUAGGCUACUCAGCAAGUUCAACAACACCUUGUUCGCCGCUCGACAGAAUCAUACGCCGUUUGAUAUUGUUGCUUGGCAUGGAAACUACUACCCUUAUAAGUACGACCUUGGCCGAUUCAACACCAUUGGAUCCGUCUCAUUCGAUCACCCCGAUCCUUCCAUCUACACCGUUCUGACUGGUCCCUCGGACCAUGUGGGCACGGCCAUCGCCGAUUUUGUCAUCUUCCCUCCACGCUGGCUCGUUGCCGAGGACACUUUCCGACCCCCGUGGUACCAUCGGAACACCAUGUCCGAGUUCAUGGGCUUAAUUUGUGGUAACUACGACGCAAAGACCGGGGGUGGCUUUCAACCCGCAGGCGCUAGUCUGCACAACGUCAUGAGUGCCCAUGGCCCGGAUUCCGAUGCAUUUGAGGGUGCGAGCAACGCCGAGUUGAAACCAAGCAAGGUUGGUGCCGGAAGUAUGGCUUUUAUGUUCGAAAGCUCUCUGAUGGUUGGUGUUUCGGAAUGGGGCUUGAAGACCUGCGAGAAAGUGCAGGAGGAAUACAACGAGCAUAGUUGGCAGCCUCUGAAGCGCCACUUCAAGAACCCCAACAAAACCUGA